AUGAACCUAUUGAUCAUUUUCCUCUGGGGUUUUCUCGGAAUUUCGAGUGCCUACAAUGUUUAUUGGUAUGAUAAAACUCAAACUUAUCAAAAUCGCCAAACAAUGGUGCAUUUAUUUGAAUGGAAAUGGGGAGAUGUAGCAAAAGAAUGUGAAAACUUUUUACAAUAUUAUGGAUAUGGUGCAGUACAAGUUUCACCACCAAUGGAGCACAUCAAAGCUUUUCCAAGUAAUAAUUAUCCAUGGUGGGUCAGGUAAGCCAAUAUUUUAUUGAACCAAUUUUUCAGAAAAUAUUUUUUUAUUCAGAUACCAACCAGUCAGUUACAAAUUGGAAUCUCGUUCCGGAAAUGAAGCUGAAUUCAAAGAUAUGGUGGAUCGUUGUAAUAAAGUUGGAGUUCGAAUUAUUGUUGAUGUUGUAAUGAAUCAUAUGGUCGGAAUUGGUCAAAAAUCAGGAUCCGAUGGUGUUUCCUCGUCAGGAAGUUCGAGUUUUGAUGGAACACACGGUGUUCAAAGUUUCCCAGGAGUUCCAUAUUCUCUUGGUGAUUUCAAUAAUCCAAAAUGUGAUAAUGAUAUUCAAGGAAGUGAUUAUCAAAAUAAUGCCGAACAUGUGAGCUGAAAACAUAAAACUUUAUCAAAAAAAUUAUUGUAGGUCAAAGAUUGUCGAUUGGUUGGACUAUUAGAUCUCAAUCAAGCAUCUGAUAGUGUUCGCGGUAAAAUAGUUGCAUAUCUUGAUAAACUAAUUGAUUACGGUGUUGCUGGUUUCCGACACGAUGCAUCGAAGCAUAUGUGGUCACAAGAUAUUCUAAAUAUUUUGAAUGAUGUCAAAGAUUUGAGAUCUGAUGUAAGAGAAGAACCCUUGAAAAUAUGUAUCUCAAAAUUAUACGUUUUUCAGAUCUUUGGAGCUAAUCAAAGACCAUUUGCUGUUCAUGAAGUUAUUGAUAGAGGAGGUGAAGCUGUAAAAGUGGUUGAUUAUUUGAAUGUUGGUAGAUACACAAACUUCAAUUUCGGAGCAAUUGUUUCAUCCGCUGCAAAAGGACAAAGCGAUUGGAGAAAUCUUGCAAAUCUUGGGCCAGGUUAUCAAUACGGUAAUAUGGAAGAUCAUGAUGUGUUGAACUUUAUCGAUAAUCAUGAUAAUCAACGUGAUUCGAGCCCAUAUGUCGUAACUCACAAAGAUGGUUAUCGUUAUCAAUUAGCUGUUGCUUUUAUGCUUGCAUGGCCAUAUGGAUAUCCAAGAGUUAUGAGCAGUUAUUAUUUUAGUUUUUCGGAUCAAAGUCCACCAAAUGCUGGAGCAUCAAAUGAAUAUGCAACAACAAGUCCAACUUUUAAUGAUGAUAAAACUUGUAACAGUAAUUCUGGAUGGGCUUGCGAACAUCGUUGGCCAACUAUUCGAGAAAUGGCUAAAUUCAGAAGCUCUGUUCAAGGAACUGCUGCUGCCGAAAUUGUUACAGAUAGUCAAAGAAUUGCAUUUGCACGUGAUACAACUGGUUUCUUUGCUUUAAAUCAACAAGGACAAACUUGGAAUAAGUAAAACGUUUUUGAUUUGUGGAAAUCACAAUCAAUUAUCUUUUCAGAAUUUUCAAAACAACUUUGCCAGCUGGGAAAAUAUUGCGAUCAUUAUUCUGGCGGUAUUCAAGAUGGAAAAUGUGUUGGUUCAACAAUUACAGUGAACUCCGAUCGUAAGUAAAUUGAAAAAAUGAACUUAUAGGAAUAAAAACUGUUCAGAAACUGCAUUUUUGUCAAUUGCGGCUAACUCAGUUGUUGCUUUCUCAUUGUCAACAAAAUUAGAAAAAUACACUCCACCAUCACCUCCAGCAGGCUACAGUACUACAGUAAUCCUUCUUAAAAAAGAUACGCAACCAGGACAGAAUUUAUUCAUUAGAGGAGGUGCAAGUAAUUCACAUAAUGGACGUGAGUUUCAUUCUGAUGAAAAUAUUUCAAUAUCUAUCGAAUUCAGAAUGUUCAACUGGACCAUAUCAACAAGAAUCAGAUCCAUGUGCUAUCCCAGUUUAUCAUAUUACAACAGUUCCAUUUGUUUAUUCGGAAUAUCUUUCAUGGAGUCAACAAGACAAUUAUCUUGAUUUCGAAGGAGCUGAAGAAAAACAAGGAACUCAUGAUGGAGCAAGUGCAUUUGGAACACCAUUGGCAUAUUCAACAAAUGAUAAAACUGCAGUCGAAUAUCAACCAUACAAUAAAUAUGGAGCUGGAUAUUGGAUGGUUGAAUUAAAAAUGGAUUGUAGUAAAGCUGAACAAGGAUGGUUUGAAGUUAAAGGAUAUGAAACACCAGAUAUUGGAUGGGAAGGAAAUAUUGGACAGAAAAAAUGUAGUGGAUCAAUUGGUGGAACUGCACCAUUCUCAUCAAUUAAUCAUAUCGCAAAAUGUGGAGCUGUUAAUGUUUUCACAUGGGAUUCAGGUGAUUGUAUUGUUGAUUCAGUUUGA